UGCGCGUGCUGCUGCCAGUUCCGUGUCGGCCGCGAGUUUACCAGCCAUGGCAGUGCCUGCACGCGCUUAAUCCACCGCCGGGCUGCAAUGAUGUGACUCUGUCCGGGUUUCAAAAUCCAAUUUUCCACAGAACGAUGCGGCGGGAUUCAUGACGGGUCAGUCUGAACAGUAAUGUCUUCAGAUUGGAGUUACCCAAGCCUCAAAACUGAGGCGAUAAGGAAAUCACCUUGGCAACCCUGUGUUGGUGCACAGGUAGCACUGUGACUCUUGCUUGAGAUCACCAGACCUCAUUGAGUUGAGAUGGCAACGCAGCGAAAGCACCUGGUCCAAGAUUUCAACAAAUACAUCACCUGCUCGAUUUGCUGUGGAUACCUAAUCAAGCCCACCGCUGUCACAGAAUGCCUGCACACCUUUUGUAAAAGUUGUAUUGUUCAGCACUUUGAGGAGAGUAAUGAGUGUCCGGAAUGUGGAAUACAGGUCCAUGAAACCAACCCUUUAGAGAUGCUGAGGCUAGAUAAGACCCUGGAAGAGAUUAUCUUCAAGUUGGUUCCUGGACUUAGAGAGAAGGAGGGACAACAGGAAAGUGAUUUUUGGAAUAAAAAUAAGAUAAAAACAAACGAAGAUGGCCCCAGGACUAAGAAAGCUCACCUGAGUGAUGAAGAUGAUGGAAGGGGUGGAGACUACCACAGGAGUGAUCCUCAGAUCGCUAUUUGUCUGGACUGUCUACGAAACAAUGGCCAAUCAGGAGAAAGCAUUGUAAAGGGUUUAAUGAAGAAAUUCAUCCGUUGCUCCACUCGUGUUACAGUGGGAACUAUAAAGAAGUUUCUCUGUGUAAAAUUGAAGCUGCCCAGCUCAUAUGAGCUCGAUGUUCUGUGUAAUGGGGAGAUCAUGGGCAAAGACCACACCUUGGAAUUCAUCUACCGCACUCGAUGGAGACUUCAAGGAGACAGCGCCUAUCCCAUGGUUCUCGAGUACCGUCCACGGAUCGACUUUGGUUAAAUAGCACGUACGGCUUUCUGGAAAUUCCUUAUGUAGACUGAUGUCAAGAGUCAGACAGUUAAAAAACACAAAAUGAUUGAUUGUGCCUCUGUUGAAAGACAACAACACAAAGCCCCAUGACUGACAGGACUGCUCUCCUCUUCAUGUGCACUGCUUCAGCCUCUACUCCUCGUUUUCUCCCUCCUUCAUGCUCCUGAUUGGCAGUCAUGGCUCCUCCCACUGGCUCAGUAUCAAGUUUGAUGAUUACUGUAUGUUCCACCAAAGCUUUCCCUGCAUGUUGUCUCUAUGACGACGCCUCUGCAAUCCCAUUGGGAUUAUCUGAUAGCAGUCUAGCACAGACAGUAAGAUAAAACUCAUCUCAAAAGAUACACUCCAUCCAGGUGACAGGAGAAAGGGAAGAGUGAGGAGAGAUGGAGAAAUAUUAAGGAUUUUUAGAAGUAUAAAUUACUCUCACUAGAGGAUAAGAGGAUUUUAGUAAUAUUAGAUUAUUGCUUUUUAGGUGUUUUUAUCCAGAGUUUGCACCAGAGGUAAAUCCAAAUGCCUCAUUGUAUUGUUGAUAUUCUGUAUCUUCUACCCUCUCUGUCUUUCCUUUAGUUACUUUUCUCUCUUUUUCUCACCUCCCACAUUGUCCUUCAUAAAUUCAGUAACUCUUUUUUAUGACAUUCUCCCUCACACACACACAUUCACUCUCUUUCUUCACCUCUUUCCAUCUCACACUCUCAUUUUCUCCAAUGUUUUUUUGGCUCUGGUCUGAAGUAUUGAUGGAUCUCAUUCAGUUGGAAUUGAAUGAGAGGGCUAUAGAUGUCCCAAAAUAACAGCUGUGAAAGGCACUCUGGCAAAGCAUUUCUCCUUUACACUGAGCUAAGGCCAAAUCUUACAUUCACCCAAACUAGAUCUUCAUCUUAUUAGAAAGGAUAUUACAAUAAGUGAUGUCAGAUAAGCUUAGAGCAGCAAUUUAUGGAGAAAUAUCAUUUUUGCUGAAUGAAUAGGAAAUGAGGUGUGCCAACUGCAUCUCUCUUAGAUCAUCUUCAGCUCACAAUCUGUUACCUAUAAACAUGAUGGUGUUUGCCUAUUUAAUGAAAAUAUAUUUAAAGGAAAGUUCCAAACUAUCUGAAGCAAUAGCAUAAUUUUGAUUACCAUACAUGUUACGUUACAGUGAAGCACUUACAAUAAAUGUGAAUAGGGCCAGUCCAUCAACAUUAAAAUGCACCGUUUCAAAAGAAGAGCCACAAAAUGUAAACAAACGCGUUAACAUGAUGUUAGCUUGAUAACAUCUCUGUUCUACAUUAUUUUAGUGUGAUAAAAUCUCUUACAGGGUUUACUGGUGUUGUGUCAUCAUGGCAACAACGAAGUUGCAAAAUUGCAUAUAUAUAUAUAUAUAUAUAUAUAUAUAUAUAUAUAUAUAUAUAUAUAUAUAUAUAUUUGCCCUGAAAGGGGUCAGUAAGUGAUUUUAUCAUAAUAAAUCAUGUUAACACGUUUAAUGUUUAUGUAUUGUGGCUAUACUUUUUAAACAAUUUGCUUCUUAAUGUUUAUGGACUGGCCCUAUUCACAUUAAUUGUAACCACAACUUUAGCUUUUUUUCCUUUUUAAAGACGGACAAGUCGAAAUAAUUUAUUGUGGUAAGAAGCAUUACAGUCAAGUUAUGGUCAUGUUUUUAAGGAGAGAAUUUGUAAUUCAAUCAUGUUUUCUAAUAUAUAUUUUAGUACAGGGUUUUAUAUUUGUUCAGAUAGUUUGGAAAUAUGAGGUUAACUCUUAUAAAUUUGUUUACAUGCCAAUGUGAAUCUUUAAUGUAUGCAUAUGAUAGGAAUAUUACAUUUAAGAUCAUGAUUAUAACAAUUGGUUGACACCAAACCUAAAGAGUUGCCAAACAGAUUUUUUUUUACAUUUGGUACUUGCUGUACUAAUCCAGAUUAUAUUCCACUAAAAUUGUAUUUGAUGGUACUCAAUAUACUGUAGAACAGGAUUAGAAUAAUCAGUCCCUUUGCUGUGGAUCAUCUCAGGGGGUGAAAACUGGUGAAAUGAGGGUUUUUUGAUGUUUUCUACUUCAUUUCCAGAGGAAUCAAGACCAACAUAAAAUUGAAUUCAGUCAUUUGAGAAAGUUAAUGCAAUGCAGUAAGGCAAAUGAGACCGGAUGUCUUGACAAGGUGUUUUAGUGGAUUGCAUGAACUAAAAUUGGAAAUAUAAUGAUCCUGAUGUUUCUUAUGUCAGAUUUAAGCUAAAAAUAUGUCUGAUCAGCAUCUGUUUUACCAACAUAAUUUUGUGUACUGAAUUUUGAAUCCCAGCAUCUGCACUCUGUCAGUCCAGUAGUGAGAUUCUUGACGUUGUUGUUUAGGACAAAGGCCACUGGCUGCUCUCCAGAAUCCAAUUUCCUAUCCACUGAGAAAACGUGCAAAUCAACUAUAAAGUGUCUUUGAGCUCUGAUUAUAAAUACAAUGUAUUUUUGUAUGUUGAAGCACUUAUGUAUAUUUAAACAUAUAAGCAAAAGAUUUUAUGUCAAUGCUUGUCUUUCCUAAUAGAAGAUGCUGCUCGGAGUAAUUUAUUGUUUUUUUUUAUAAGUCCCAUCGCCUGCUAUGUGUUUCCCUUUUAAAUGGAUGCACUGUACAUGAAAAGCUUUCUAAUGCUAUUCAUGAUCUCUAUU